AUGGGACUCGAGGAGAGUAAGAUUGGCCAAGCAAACAGAGUUGCUUGUAAUACACCUAAUUUGUGUUUCUUUGUACCUGUGUUACCUGGAAGAAUAGUUCACCAGUGCACAUUGGAAUUAUGGCGAAAAUCGCAUCGAGAGCUUUUCAAUUUUUCUGAUAAGAUAAUGGUGUGCACGUAUCAGGUGCCACAUGACUGCACGUCAGCAUUUUGUCUUACCAGACAGAACAUAGUAAACUUCCGAAGAUCGUGUUCUGUAUUUUCACUAAGGAAACGCAGAGAAUACACAAAAAUGGCAGAACAUUUCGAAUACAACCACAUACCUGCUCAUUUAUCUUCUAUACAGAACUUACAUUUUAAAUCCGUACUAGAUAUCACAGUGGCUUAG